GUGAAAUUUGACAGCUAGCUUUGAAUGCUUCUUUUGUUUUUCUUUCGGUUCGAUUUCUCUACGCGUGUGGCAGUGCUCUUGAGGCCGAAAUAGUUUUGUCCAUCAUAAUUCGCGAUGGGAAAAGCCAGAAAACCGAAAGUGCACAAAAACAAGCUGAAUCCUACCGGAUUGGUUGACGGGAACGCACUUAUCGAUCAAGAGCUAUCGAACGGGAAAUCGGACUCACCGAUUCAUGCCAUAGCCGAGCAGUUGCAGUCAUCCAGUGCAGAGGAAAAAAUAUGCGGUCUGCAGACACUCGCCACCAUCUGCCAGAAUGAUGUGAACCUUACGGCCCUAGUUGAAAGUGACGUGGUCCGAAUUGCUGCCUCGCUGCUAGUGGAUCCCGAUCAAAGCGUGCGGCAUGCGACGGCUGGGGCAUUUCGAAACUUAUCGGUGCUUAGCGUUGAAAUCUGUGAGUACAUGGUAGACCAGGACGUGCUGACUCCUUUGCUGGCUCUAUUGAACAAAUAUAACGGAGAAUGGAAACCAACUAUUGACCGAAACAUGCAUGAUCAGUUGGAUGAGAAGUCGGAUACUUUUCUGCAAGCAGUAAAUUUACUGUGGAAUUUGUGCGAAAGUACCACGCUUGCAUUGGACACCUUCAAUCAGUCGCAGUUGCUGGAGAGUUUAGUCAAAUGCUUAGAUUGGCAAAUUUAUGGUAAAGAAAUUGCUGUUACAGUUGCACAAUGUUUGCUUGUCAUAUCGGAGGAUAACACUGCUUGUUGGAGAAUACUACCUAACUUCGGGAAUGAGUUAUCAUCUCUGCUGACAUUGGAUGGAGACAACUCAUGCGUACUGCUUCGAACGGUUGCAGCAGGAAUAAUAGCAAAUGUACCUGCUAUUGGAUCAAUAUAUUUCAGUCAAUUAUUUGCAACACUGUCCAAAACUUUGGAUGUCAAUCAUCGUCCCGUUCUGGGAAGCUUAACCAGUUCUCUUCCGUUGCUUAAUCAAAAAGAUGUAGUUCAUUUGGAGGUAACCGACGACUCGCAUAUGGAUCAUGAAUCGGCGGAACAAGCUUUUCAACGAAGACGCCGUGCUGAUAUGCCCUCGGAGGUGGAAUUGGAGAUUCGAAAUGUAGGCUGGCUCCUACAGGCACAGCGAAUCGCCGCUGAAAUACUAACCAACAUUUGUUCCACCGGGGAAGAAGAAUGGCAUGACGAAAUGGACGACGAUAAUCUUUCAGACGCUGAAAGUGUUCAUGACUAUGAAACCACUGAACAGAAUGAUAGUCUUCAGAACACCGACAAGCUACCAACGGAAAUCUUGGAAGCAAUUAAAUCAUACGGAUUUGUGGAGAAACUUUGGCAAAAAGCGCAACCAAUAGCAGAAAAUGUUCGUCAAAUCUUGGUCGAAAACGAUAAAAAUUUGUUCAAGCGAGUAAACAACCUUCGAGCCUCUUCCAUGCUCUGUCUACACAAUUUGUGCAACAAUAUUUCCACCGAAGAUCUCGGUGGAGCAGAAGCAAUCUAUCAAGUGUGGUUAGAACUGGGUCAACAAGUUUUCCAAGGCGAGAAAAAUCCCAGACUUUUGGAAGCAUCCACUUCACUAAUGCGUGCCACGCUGGAACAUUUACGCAAAAAUCCGGAGCUCUUCCGUCAAAUGACGGAAACUGAUCUUCAGCUAAUGCUAACCGGAGUUACCGAUUGUCAUGAUCCAGAAAUUCGUGCCAACUGGUUGCGUAUGCUUGGCCUUUUGGGGUGUCUUCUAUCCGAACCAUUAAUUAAAUUAAUCAUCAAUUUUGUCCUCACCACAUGCCUAAAGGAACAAGAUUUGUGGACCAUUUCCGAAGCUAUGGAUUCUAUGAUGGAUAUAUUUUCCGAAAACGAUUGGAAUCAGAUCGUGCAUGAUUUGGAUAUGGUGACGAAAUGUAAGGAAUUGGAUCGCAGGAUGAAAAUCAAACUGAAACAAAACAAACGGGAGUUGAAUGAACGAUAUCCGGCUGUCUGCACCGUGCGAACAAAUCUCUGUCGGUUCUGCAAAUAUCUUGAAACCGAAAUGAAAAAAUUUAGACCUUCCGCCGAAGUUUGAAAUGGGUUUGGUGAAGCCUUCUAGUGAUUGCGUGAACAGCAUAUAUUUAAUGUUAUAUAUAUGAGAAAAUAGAACUAGUUUUCCUCUAUAUCUUUAGUCGUUAGGUGUGAUAGAGAGACUAAAUAAAGUUUAUCAUUUUUUGGUAGAAUCAAGUAGAGGACAAA